AUGUCAAAUCUUACAAAACUCGAAUUUGUGGCUCUGGAUAUCACUGGAAAUAACUAUUUAUCAUGGGUACUAGAUGCUGAAAUUCACUUAGAUGCAAAGGGUCUUGGUGAGACUAUUAAGGAGGGAAAUGAAGAAAGUACACAAGAUAAGGCCAAGGCCAUGAUUUUCCUUCGCCAUCACCUCCAUGAAAGUCUAAAGACUGAAUAUUUGACUGUUAAGGACCCUCAAAUUCUUUGGGCCAAUGUAAAGGAAAGAUAUGACCACCAGAAAACUGUGAUUUUGCCUAAAGCUCGUUAUGAGUCGCUGAAUUUAAGAUUGCAAAACUUUAAGUCUCAAAACAACGAGCUGCUAAUGAAAAACCAUGAAUUACGCCCAACUGGCUCUGCUCCAUUCCCUAAAGCGAAUGCGAGUUUAGACAAUGGGCAAGAAUUAAAAGAAACACACCAUGCAAAUAAUAGUGUGCGUGGCCGUGGUCGUGGCCGUGGGCGUGGCCGCAGACAUAGAUAUGGAUAUGGUCGAGGUGGUCGUUUUAAAAAUUCACAUUCCUACCAGAAGUGGGAUCGAAAAAAUGGUAACAGGGAAGAGAAAGAAAAAGGUAAAAAUGUGACUAAUGUAUGCUAUUGUUGUGGAGGAAAAGGACAUUGGUCUCGUGUGUGUCGCACACAAAAGCAUCUAGUUGAUCUUUAUCAGCAGUCCAUAAAACAGAAGGGAAAGAAAGUAGAAACUAAUCUUGUGUAUAAAGAUGGCAAAGGUGAUUUUGAUGAUGGCAAUGCAACCCACUUAGAAGUGGCUGAUUUUCUUUCUACCCCUGAAGGAAAUUAUUAA